AUGGCGCCUUCAAAUUUCUGGUCUGGUCGUGAUACCACUGCUCUCCAGAGAGAGCAAAGGGCACUGUUCAAACGGGCUGCGGCCAAACACAAGAUCCGUGUCGCAGAAGAACCUAAGUUGAACCCUCUUGAUGGCCAACUAGGGGCCACCGGUGAUGUUAUCUCUGAAGGAGGACCUGUUGUGGAUGCCCUGACUGAGAAGGCCGCUCAGAAGCCUGUUAAAAGUAAGACCGGUACUCCCAAUGGAUAAUUGUGGGAGAAAAAUCAAUGCUAAUUCUUGUGAGCUAUUGCAAUAGGAGCCGUGCAGCAGAAAGCUAAAGCUUCUACCAAAACUAAAGCUGCCAAAAAGUCCAAAGCUCCAAAGAACGCCACCAGCGAGACUUUGACCGGAGGUGAGAGCUUGGAUGAAAUAGUUGAGCACCUUAACUGUAGAUACACCCCGCACCUGAAUACCUGUGAUUGGUCAAGAGCUAAGGGCAAGCAGCGCAGCUUUCAGCUUCAGGUUCCGGGGAGUUGGGAAGGCUUUUCCCUGGUACCGGCAACAGCAUUAAUACCCUUACUACCAGCGCCUUUGCACCAGCUUCUCCUGCCAACCACCACCCGGACUCCUUUGGAGUGUCCAAUAGUUCACCUAUUAGCUACCCCGCUCAAGCCGGCGUCCAGACUUCACCACUUAAUUCUGCCGACAAUCUUCAGGACCUUCUGAGUUCCUGGGGUGUUCCCCCCAUCAGCGACUCUGACCUCCUUUUGAGUGAUACCGAUAUGUCCAAUAGUCCUACCUCGGACUCUAUGGACUGGCUCUCGGGGCUUUUCCCCCCGGAUAACAAUUUCCCUCCAAGCCAAGUUCCUGGAGAUAGUGUGCAAUUCGCUACUGGCGCAACUGUCGAGGAUAUAUUCGGAAUGCCGGUGGAAAAUGGAUCAAACUCUGUUACUACCGCCGCCACCGAUCAUUCCUUCAAUUCCAAGGAUAGUCUCUUCGGCGACGACAGCGACGAUGACGAGGGCGACGGCAAUUCUUUCAAUUCCAUUACAAGUCUCUUUGGCGACGAUGGCGAUAACGGCGCUGCCCACGGAGAUGGUAUUCCAAUUAGUUACUCGGACCUCCUUGAAGGUCCUAACGUUCUCGGUAUCAUGGCUCCCGGCUCUCCCAGCCCCGGCAAUGCCUCCUAUCCCUCUCUGCCUGAUCUCAACAUCGCUCAAGGCGGCAACGCCCAAGAGCCUCUGUUAGGUUUCCCUGAAGAGGGAUGUGAUCUCGAUAUGGUGGACUCAGUUUGCAGCCACGAUUCUGAUGAUUAUGACGAUUCUGACUCCGCCGAUGAAACCCCCAUUCCAUACCAACCCAUGGGCCAGGGCUCCGGUGAAAACCAAUCCAUGGCCGAGGCAGCGCCCAAUGCUUCCCAUCCUCAACAGUUCCAAACCCCAUUGGAAAGCGGUCAGAACCAUUAUGAUCUAGUUGAGGCUCAAUUGGAGGGAGCGAGAUACAUCUCGGGGAUUGCACAGCCAGAGACGAGGCUGAUCGGGACCAACGCAGACCACUUUUGCUACAGGUGCCUUCACCCGGGUCACAAGACGAACGCAUCCGCAUGCCCCGUUGGCAGGGUUGAGAGUCUCAUGGAUCCGGACAAGGAGACAUUCUACACCCUUUUGGAUGCCGUUGACAUUCGCCAGAAGCUCCUCCUUCGUGAUAUCGGGUGGAUUGCCGAGGGCCUUAAUUGGGGAAUUGACAUGGCUCAGGAAGGGGUUCUCGACGGGCUUGGUAUCUUGCCAUCCUCACUGGUUUACUUGAGUGACCUUUUGGUGUCCUGGACUUCUGUUUCUGAGAACCAGGCGUACACCUUCGGGCCGAUUCCGGGUUUUUCAGUUGUUGUAAGUAUAACUGAUACCCCCCGUCCGCCCCUCCUUCCCCUUGAGCAGAUUGUAAUGAGGUGCAAUAGUGCGGAGAAGAGGUUGAAAUCGAUGAAACCCAGCAAAACACUGCUGGGCUUUACAAGGUCACUAAAUCGCACAACAUUAAAGAGGUCACUUUUGCUAGUUUGCUUCAAGGAAGUUCGGUAAGUUCUCCGGUUGUCCAAAGCUCGGUGGAGUUGGCUAACCACUCAUUCCUUUCUUCUUUACCCAGGCUCCUCCCACUUCCCGCAAACGUAAAAGAGCACCCGAGCAGACCGUUGCCCAGCUACUCAAUCUCGAUUCCAUCGGAGCCCGCCCAAAGGCAACAUGUUCCCGCUGCCUUUAUCCCGGCCAUACCUUCAAUUCUACUCUCCUUUGCCCAUUUUCUCGGAUUAAGAGUGCUGUUGAUAAGUCAAAGACGCAGAAGAGCUGGAGGAUUGUCGAUCUCGACGAUGACGUUGCUAAGCUCAGAAAGGUAAUCGACGGCCUUGGUGAGAGCGAUGAGAGAACUGCAAUUCUUGUUGAUAUACUCGAAAGAUGGGAGCAUGUUAGCCGUGGAGCCGGCCCAUCGAAGUCGAAGAAAUCCCGUGCUGGUGAGUUGCCUUCUUCCUAUGUCCCAUGAAAAUGUCGACUGACGCAGUCUGUUAGGCUCAGGAACCAAUUCAAAGGCUCCUGAGGAUCUGUUGCCUGUCAAUACGACCUCAAAUGGAAAGCGUCGGGUUGGUUCUCAGCCUUCUGGGACACAGUCUCCCACUAGUACUUCCUCUGGUGUUAGCAAUGGAUUCGGAGCACCUGGCAACAUCGGCAUUGGCAGCUCCACUUUCCCGGGAGAAUCGAGCUCCUCAGCCACCCCCGGUUAUGGUACUCCAGGCAGCAGCCAUUCAUCCAACACGAGCGUUGGAGACCUUCAGCUCGAUGUUCCUGAAUGCCUUAGACCGUCUCGCCGGACUGGUAUUAAGACAAUUGGAGCUCGACCGGACACCAUCUGCAAACAAUGCUUUUACACCGGACAUGAUCAGCGUAGCCAAGCAUGCCCUGCCAAUAUCCUCCGCCGUGCGCUCUUCCAGGGUUCUCUCAAGGACCUUCAGGACGCCGGUAAUUCCUGUCAAGAUAUCUCGGACAUUUUGGCGUGGGAAGCGUCCCAGCCUACAAACAUGAAGGCCAACAGCGCUCUCCGCCAGAAGCUCGAAACGUUGCAUACCAAAUUCACUACCGCUUUGAACCUCCUCAGCCCUCCGCAGGUGGGAAAGACUUCACAAGAAGAAUACGCUAGCAGCAAUCGCAACCAGGUUUUCAGUACCCCUCGGAAGUGUUCUUAUCAGGAAGCAUCUUUCCAGGAGCAGAGCACUUCUCCAGCGUCUUCACCCUACCAGACCCGUCACUCCCAAGAACAAUUGGGAUCUCCGAUUCGCUUCGAACAAGCCCCCCUCUCGGGAAUCUGUAUCGACCACUCCAAGUUGGAUUCAAAAAUGCUCAUGGAUCUCCUGCCAUUUGUUAUCAAAGGUCAAGAGACCCGUGGCUUGCGCGUCGACCAUGCGAAAAUGUCCCCUCAACUCAUCAUGGUUAUCGCACCGUUCAUCAUUCCGGAUGCCCCGAUUCAAUCAUCGGCUCUUCAGGAUCACUCCUACCAAGCUGGUCAACACAAGGAGAGUAGGAAAUUGUCUGAGCAAUCCUCCUCUUACGGGGGAUCCCCUUCCGUCACCAAUUCUCUCCGUAACGACUUCCCAGUGCAAUCUCAAUUCCCCUCUUCGCCCCCGGCUUUCUGCAACUCCUCCGGAACCAUGGCAAAGACCGGGAAUGGCAACCAGUAUAACAACAACUUUAUGGCUGGCUCUUCUCAGAGGGCCCAAUAUCAACCCGGCGCUAAGAGACGCAGGGGAAACUAG